UGUCAUCUGUGCCAGCUCACCUGUAGACGCGUUUUUGAGGCUUGUGUCAUCGAAAAUGAAGUUGUACUACGUGCGUUUGCUGUCGAAAUGAAAACCUGUGUCUGUGUGUUAUUAGUGUUAAGUGUGCGACAGACAGUGUGUAGUGAAAUGUCAUGCUCCAAAGGUUUCUGACGCGUCAGCUGUUCAUAACAUGGCUUGUGGAAGUUUGUCAACUGGGAACGAGGAAGCUUUACGGUUCUUGGAUAGUCUGCAAAAUGACCUGAAGAACUUGUCAAUAGAGACGAGGAAAAAAUUUCCGCAGAUUAAGGAGUCAUGUGAAGAAGGCAUUGCAAAGCUCCGUAAUGCUGCAGCACAUCCUCAGACACCAGUUUACUAUGUCGUGAACCAAAUACUCUAUCCACUGGUUCAGGGAUGUGAGACCAAGGACCCAAAGAUUGUGAAGUUAUGCCUGGGAAUAAUGCAGCGGCUGAUGACUCAGCAGGCUGUUGAUCAGAAAGGAGCAAGAUACAUAACUGAUACUCUUUGGAUGCUAAUGGAAUCUGGGACUGAGGAGGUUAAGGUCUUGCAGAGUGUCACUUUGCUGUUGACUACAAAUACUGUUGUACAUGGUGACACGCUUGCAAGGAAUUUGGUUCUUUGUUUUCGUUUACAUUUUACCAAAGAUUCAACAACUAUUAAUACUGCUGGAGCAACUGUUAGACAAUUAGUUUCAUUAGUAUUUGAAAGAGUUGUUGCCGAAGAUGAAGCAUACUAUGAUCGUGACACAGGAGUGCAGAAAGAUAUUAAUCUGGAGGAGCUGAAAGUUCCUAGUAAUGUUGCACCUAAAGGUUUAAGACUAUGUGCUGCUGAUGCAUAUCUAAUGUUUCAGGACCUUGUGCAGCUUGUAAAUGCUGAUCAACCAUAUUGGUUGAUUGGAAUGACUGAGAUGACACGCACAUUUGGUUUGGAACUGCUGGAGUCAGUUCUGACAAAUUUUUCAUCUGUAUUUUACCAGCAUCCAGAAUUCAGUUUCUUGUUAAAGGAAAGAGUGUGUGCAUUGGUUAUAAAAUUGUUUUCCCCAAAUAUAAAGUAUCGAAGUUCUGUACCACAGAGUAUACAACAAGCAACUCCAUUGGACAAGCCGUAUUUUCCAAUAAGCAUGAGACUGCUAAGGGUAGUUUCUAUUCUAAUUCAAAAAUAUCACAGCUUGCUGGUGCAGCAGUGCCUGUUGCUCAGGGCCAGCCGCCUGCACUGCUAGCAGGUAUGCCAGUGGGACCUGGGGUGUCUCCACAGCCCGGAUUCUUCUCUAGAGGAGUAUGGCUCCCUGUCGUAGCUACCUUCUCAAGUGGGCAGGCAAGAGCAACAUACCUUGAAAUGCUGGAUAAAAUAGAACCACCAGUGAUUCCAGAUGGGUAUGGCAUAUCUGUGGCAUAUGCUUGCCUCUUGGAUAUAAUCCGUUCUGUUGCAAUCAUAAUAGAAGGUACACCACCUGCAGUCGAAGAACAGCCUGCACCAGGAAAGUACAGUGGGUCAGAAGAGGAAAAAGUUCUUCAUUGCCAGCUUAUAAAUUCUAGUUGGUGUGGUCUGCUAGCGGCACUCAGUCCCCUGAUAGAUGCUAGUACUGAUGAAUCUGCUUCCGAAAAUGUCUUAAAAGCGAUUCAGACAUUUGCCAGUCUGUGUGGAAUGCUGGAUUUACAGAUACCGAGAGAUGCUUUCAUUACUGCAAUCUGCAAAGCUUCAUUGCCACCGCAUUAUGCACUGACAAUUCUAAAUUCUGCACCACAAGGAGCUGGAUCUGGAAGGGGUCAUUCCCGCACUAGCAGCCAGGAUAUGAAUUCCCAGUACAAUGUCAGUGCUUACAAUGAAACUGACUUCAGACAGCAAGUGGUAGCAGUGGGAACUCCAUUGCCUACAGCAUCUUUACCCAUUGGUGCCCAGCAGGGUCCAGUCAUGUUGACAGCAAAGAAUCUACAGUGCAUGAGAGCUUUACUGAGUGUAGCUCACUGUCAUGGAAGUAUAUUAGGCACUUCAUGGCACCUGGUGCUGACAACAUUGCAGCAUCUGGUAUGGAUUUUGGGCCUGAAGCCUUCUACAGGUGGUAGUUUGAAAGCUGGCCGAACAACGGCUGAUUCCAAUGCUGUAAUAACAACAGCGGUAAUGGCUGAUUUACCAGUCCUUUCAGCUAUGCUGAGCCGAUUGUUUGAAUCCAGUCAGUAUUUGGAUGAUGUUGCUUUGCAUCACCUUAUUGAUGCACUUUGUAAGCUUUCUCAUGAGGCAAUGGAGCUAGCGUAUUCCAAUCGUGAACCAUCUUUGUUUGCCGUUGCGAAACUUCUGGAAACAGGACUUGUUAAUUUACCUAGAGUGGAAGUCUUGUGGAGACCUCUAACCAAUCAUCUUUUGGAAGUCUGUCAGCAUCCUCAUAUUCGGAUGAGGGAGUGGGGAGUUGAAGCUAUUACAUACCUUGUUAAAGCUGCAAUGCAACAUAAAUACCAACCUCCACUAAGAGAGAACCAGAAGCUUCAGACACUCCUCCUUGGACCUCUGUCUGAGCUUUCUUCUGUACCACAUGGCGAUGUUCGGCAGAGGCAAUUGGAAUGUGUUCUACAUGUCUUACAUGGGGCUGGAGAAACAUUGUCUCACGGGUGGCCAUUGGUACUUGGGAUAAUUGGAGCUGUCUCUGAUCAUCAUGGGGAAAAUCUUAUAAGAAUAGCUUUCCAGUGUCUCCAGUUAGUUGUAACCGAUUUCUUGCCAGUGAUGCCAUGGAGGUGCUUGCCGCUUUGUGUUGAUACAGCUGCAAAAUUUGGUUCUCAGACUCAAGAACUUAAUAUUUCUUUAACUGCAGUUGGCCUCAUGUGGAAUAUUUCUGACUACUUUUUCCAGAACCAAGAUAAAUUGUGCCAAUCUUUGACGGGUGAUAAUACCGUAUUUCCAAAUUUUCCUGGAAUAUCAGAUCUACCACACUUUGAUAAAUUGUGGAUGUGCCUUUACUCCAGGCUCGGUGAUCUGUGUGUUGAUUCAAGACCAGCUGUACGCAAGUCAGCUGGACAGACAUUAUUUUCUACAAUAUCAGCUCAUGGAGGUUUGCUGAGUCAGAUUACGUGGCAGUCAAUUGUGUGGCAGGUUUUGUUCCCACUGCUGGACAAUGUCAGGCGACUUUCAAGUUCAGCAAGCAGUGAGAAAGUGGAUACAGGAGGAAAUAUUUUAAUCCAUCAUUCUAGAAACACUGCCCAGAAACAGUGGGCAGAAACACAGGUGCUUACAUUAUCAGGAGUAGCAAGGGUUUUCAACACAAAGAGGCAGAUUUUACGUGCUGUUCCUGGUGAUUUUCCUCGUGCCUGGUCACUUCUCCUUGAAUUUAUUGAAAACUCUGCAUUGAGUAAAAAUGAUGAGGUUUCCUUAGCUGCCCUGAAAGCCUUCCAGGAUAUAUUGUAUUGGAACCAAGACAGUGAAGGAAAAUUAGUGACAGUAAAUCAAGCAACUUUAACCAACGAAGAGCCAGAUAUAUGGGAUGUUGCAUGGAAAGUGUGGUGUAAUAUAGGUGCUGAGAGUACGAAAUUAUGUUUUGAUGUGAAAGAGUUCUAUGUUCCUUCACAGCCAUUUCUAACAGCACUGAUACAGAUAUUUCCUGCUGUUUUCCAACACACUAGAGAGAGGUUUUCAACAACAGAUCUUCUGAAACUUUGUGAGAUUCUGCAGAAUGCAGUGGCUAUUCCUGUUUUGGGUGACAUAUCUCCAUUUGUUCUCCCUAUUGUUAGUGAUGCUGGGCUCACACAACUUCAAGAAGGUGUUCUUCACUGUAUUGAGCUGCUGAAAAAGGAAGCAUUGACUGGCCAAAAAAAUAUGAAGAAAAUGAUUGCACCAAUAUUUGACCAGCUUCUAGCUUUUAGCAAAUAUGCUUGCCAACCUCCCGUUUUUGGGAAGGCAGACACAAAGAAUGGAACGCAAGUAAAAGGGGCUGCAAUGGGAGAGUGGAUGGCUGUGAAUUACAUUCCAUUUGGUGAAAAGGCUUUGACUAUGGCCAUAGAGUUGUACAGAAUCACUGCUAGUGAUAUGUCUGUGAUAAAUGCCUGUGUCCUGCACAAAAUUAUUUGUGCGUUACAUGUUCCAUUGUCAAUGAAGUAUAGCUGUCCAUCUCCUACAACAUGGAAGUUAGCGGUCACAGGUUUGUUAACUGUGCUUCAAAUUGGUCUUCCACUGGCAAGAAAGCAUCGUCAAGAAUUUCAGCAGAUGUGGCCACAGCUUGCUGAAACCUUGGAUAAAUUUUUGUUUCCAACAAGCCACCUUGCGAGACGGUGCGUUGGCUUCCACUGUUGUCAACACGUCACUACACGCGAUUUGGAACGCCGCAGAUCCAUUGGCAGUAGAGAAUCGGUUCUAAGCCGUUCUGCAACAGUGUCGGUCCCUCGGCACGUAGUCACUACUGUUACGGGACUCGCUGCUGGAGGGGCGCGCUGGACUGCACCAACGUGUGAUCGAUGCCCUGAAGAGCUCCAGGCAGAUGAAGCAGUGGAUUGCAAAGUAAUAGAAUUACUGCGUGAUGAAGUAUUACCUCAUGUUCAUUCUAUUCAGAAAGAGUUUAUUCUUAAAGUGGUCGUCCUGCUAAACAAAGGCUCAAUUCAUUCUGCAAGUAGUCCCAGCUCUGAUUAUGUGGCUGAACCAAAACUAAGAGAAGAAUUUGCAAAAACUUGUUUUGAGACUUUGCUGCAGUUUUCAUUACAAGACGGUGCUGAUGAAUGUGCUGAGGAAAUAACAGAAGGUGGUGUGGCAGGAAGAUUAGCUGUCACUGCUCUUCUGACAAGGUUCCAAGAAGUACUACACCAGUAUGUUGAAGAUGAAAGGAAGAACGGAAAUUGCCCAUUGCCAAGGUAUAGGUUGUCAGAGAUAUCUUUUGUACUGAAAGCUGUUGGAACUUUGGUAUUAUCACUGAAGAAAGCUCCACCAGGAAAAGUGAAUGAAUCAUCAUGGGAACAACUGAUUGCAUUGUACCCCUAUUUAGUGGACUGCACAACUACAAAAUCAACACAAGUUUCAAGUUCGCUUCGUGAAGCGUUACUGCAGUACGCGGACCUUUUGCAUUCGCCUACAAGAUAUCAUAAUGGUGUAUGAUAGUGUUGUAUUUGUGCUGUUUGUGUGAACUGACACUGAGAUUGUAGCGUUGAUGCCUGCAGCCUAUUUAAGUACAAAGUUAAUUGAGAGACAAUGAACAUACACAUGCGUGCAGCAGCAAGAGCUAUGGACACUGGAAGUGCACAGAGAUUCAGUGGUGCUGCCCCUCUGUCACACACCAAAAAUGGCUGGAUAAAGACUGUAAUCUCAUCUUCUUCCUUCCAUUGAAAAACUAAUGUGAAUGACAGAGGUGUGGAUGUGAGAUUCAUAUUUUAAAAUGAUGUUAGAGUUCCUGGAUGGUUUUGGGAGAACUUCAACAUUUUAUUUCUCAGGUCCUCACCACUGCUGUUCUACACCCAUAUGUAGUGCUGUGUACUCAUUUCAGUGAGACACUAAAGGGAAAUAUUUCCUUGUCCAUCCUCCCUUUGCCUACUGUUGCAAAAACUGAUGCUAUCAAAGCUGUCACCGUAAUUGCUACAUUGCGAUAUGUACUUUGUCCAACCUAUGUACAGUCAAACACUUUUUCUUUGUGACUUGACUCCCUACUCCUCACUAGGCAGGAGACUGGGCACUGAUAUGCCAUUUUCAGUAUUUUUCAUUUAAUUUCAGAUUUUUCUGAAAAAUGAUGAUAAUCACAUGAUUUCAGCUUGAUAUAUGAGAAAUUUUAAGUUUUGGUUAUUUCCACAUCUUGUUCUUGGCAACAUUCAGUGAAGGAGAUGGAGCUCACUCCCAAAAUAUUUCUCUUCCUGCAGCACUUCUAUAAAACUGGCCAAGAAAGUGUGUGUGGACUGCAAACUUUAAGCUACUUCAAAAUUGACAUCUCCACAGAUGAAGCUCAGUACUGGGCAGCUGGUAGCUAGUUCAUUAAUGCCAUUGUGUGUAUCUUUGGAGUUCUGAUUACUUCAUUUAUUUUAUUACACAUAGCAAAUUACUGAUGACGGAUUUUGAUCAUGGGAUUUGUGUUAUAUGAAUGUUUUUCUUACUUUGGAUGCUAUCCAAAUGGUGCUAUUUCCUUGAAUAUUUAGUGACUGUAGUUCUCAUGUUCUCAACAUUUACUGAAGCUCCUUUUAAUAGAAUAUACUAUGCUGCCCUGCUGUAUAUCAUUGUUGAAAUAUGAUUAGAACUUUGACACAUUUUUGUCAUCAUGUGUGUUUUAUUACAGCUGACAAACAAUUGUAGCUUUCUUUUCAAGUAACUUAUUACUUACCAAAAGUUAUUACCUUGAGAGGCAGCUUAAAAUGUUACCGUUAUGCGUAAGUUGCACACGUCCCUGUGUGCCACCAGAGGUAUUGUUGCCAUAUCAGUAUUCAGUUGAAGCUAUGAAAUGUAAGUUGAAUCUGUAUAACAUUUCUGUUACCUUGGGCCAUUAAUAACAUUCUUUUUUGUUCAUUAUAACUUUUUUCUAUAAAUUAUUUUCCUGUUUAAUCACAAUACAAAGCAGAUCUGCCUGGAAACCAAAUAUAAUGAAAUACUCUUUAGUUGGGGCACCAAAUUAAUCUUUGUGCUAAACAAUAACAGGAUUCUUGUUGCCCCCCAAUAAGGAAACAGUGUUCUUUGCCUGAAACUCAAUAGCAUUACUGAAAUAUUAAGUAUCAAGAGAUUCUGCCUCACUAGUAUUUGCGUCAGGGAAAAAGAAUUACGUAAGGUCUUACAUCUUUGAGUGUGAGAGUUUCUGAUGUAAAUAUAUAUCUUCCUUUCUAUGUAUGUUCUGCAAUAUUUUCAUUGUUUCAAAUUUCCUUGUAUUUCAAGUCAUUCCUGUCUACUUCCAGAACUUCAGUAACAGUUUUUUACAGUGUUCAGAUAUCUGCAUCCAUGUUCAUGCUGUUUAUUAGGGAAGCUUGAAAUUUUAUGGUUUAAUAGCUUCAUCAUAUUGAAUUUUUUUUGAAAUAUCACAACUUUGUCCAUGAUAUUUGACAGACAUAAUAGUUUCUGUUGUAACAUAAAUGUGAUUAACUGGGUCUGCUCUGAUAACAAGGCAGUGGACACCAUAGAAGUUUCCAAGAUCUUUAUAAAUCACUGUUAUUACUUUGUGAAUUAGUCAUGGCUUUUUCAGGUGUCAUUGAUAAUGUUAGAAGUUCGAAACUUCUGUGUAAUUCUUUUUCAUACAACAGAAAAUUAUGUGAAUUCUGAGGGUGGUUACCACACUCAUUGCUUUCAUUCUUAGAUGUUUUUGUAUCUUCAGUAAUUAUUGUUUUAUUUUUAUCACAGAUGCACCAAACAUUAUUUUAUCAGACCUUUUUGGAUCUUGUUAUUGAACCAUCAUUGUUCUUUUUGUAGUCCAUUUUAUUAGUCGAUAAACAUAAUUUUCUGUUUACGGAAGACUCGUUUUUCAAAAUACUCAAGUAAUUUUACUUGUUUGUUUACUAUUCUCUUUAAGAUUGUUGUUCAAAUUUAUUUGUGAAAUAUGUUUACUAUCUCGUUAUGCAACUUCAAAAUAUCAAACAAAUCACAUUACUUCUAUAGGAUUUUAUGAGGCUAUUGAAUAGAUUGUGUUUAUAUAUACAUUUUAUUGUGCAGGCAUGACUUACCGUAAGUAAUGAGACUUUUCAAUUGCCGUUUCCUUUGAAAAAUAUAUAUUGUCAGUUAACAGAAUUGUCAUGUAGUGUCAUUAUUUCAUUCCCAAAUCUGGAAAAUAGAAUAGGCAACUGUGAACAUGUUCCACUUCUGAACAGCAGUAGUUCCAUACAUACAUCUCCUCUAAUUCAUAUUUCACAAGUGGAUACCACACUUUUUUUUCCAGUGAUCUGAUUCUAUAUAUAAGAGAUUUUAUGAUCAGAUCUGCAGUUUCAUUUGUUGGGGAGGAAAAGUUUGUAUUAAUUACUACAAAAGCUGUCUGUGUAACUAAAAUGGCAUUAUAUUUAUUGCUGUGGCUCACUGAGUGGUGUAAAUCUAUCUAGUUGCUGUAAUUUCGGCAGCUUGUGUAUCAAGUUUGCCAUGUGUGGUUGUUCAGAGUAACUGACCAUGUAAAGCACAUGUGGAAUAUUGUGUCAUCUGUGUGGACUUCAUGAUGAUAUGAUAUAGAGAAAAGUGUGCAUAUGGAAGCUUGUAGCUUUAGAUAGCUUACUCCUCAUGAAUGGCACCAAGAGGAUGCUGGGCAUAGAACACACAAGUCGCCAUCAGUAGGCUAAAUCCUACUGUUAAAACUCUCUUCCACUACUAGCAUUUGAAUCAGUUACCUUUGAGCUGAAGAUUUUCACAAAAUUGUGGGUUAAUGACCUCAUUCAUGAACUGCAAUCAUACAUUGAUGACUGAAUGGAGCAGCUAGUUCAAUUUUGCAUGGUAGGAGGAAUUUUCAUCACAGUAAAUGUUUGGCUCGUCAUGGGAGGAGAGUUAACUGUGUAAAAUUUAUUUUCACGGACUGUGCAGCAAUAUCCUGGGUUAAAUUUCAAACAUCUGCAGUCUCUUCAUGUGCCACUGUUAAUGGUUAUCAGCCCACUGGGUGGGAGUGUUGAGACUAUGACCCUCUUCCUGCUAUUAUCGCUGCGUGGGCCAUAUACCUUCAGUGGAUUUCACCUUCUCUGUGUCUUCUAUUUUUGUAAACAUCUGUAAUAACACAAGUGCUAGUGCUUAUAAAAAAUUUAAAAAAUAAAAAAUUAUCCAUGCAACACAGGGAUACACUUUUUGCACUGUGCUGAGGAAUAAGAUGAACCCUACUCUUAUAUCUCAGUAUGUCUCAAACACUCUGAAAAUGAGGCACAUUGUUUGGGUUUAAACUAAGGACCAGGCCUCUAACAACAAUGUGAACCUCAUGGGUCUUCUCAGGUGAAUUAGUAAUAGGACUGUGUUUUGUGGCAGGAGAAGAAAGUUUUAUAGGUCAGUGAAGCCACAGACAAUAAUUUCCAUUUUUUAUUGUUUUCAUGUUUGAAAUUGUCCAUGUCUAAUAAAUUCCUGUGUUUCAUUAGUACCAUUUUGGGUUUUGUCAAUGAAGUAUUCAACUAAGAUGAUUUAUUCUGAUCACAAUUUUGGUUUCAGGGCACUUUUCCAGGUGUCAUGACGUGUCACACCUGCUUACUGGAAAAGAAAAAUGGUGUAUACUGUCACACUUGUGUGCCAUUGUAUGUUAGAUGCAAGUUGGGCAAGGGUGAGGGGUGAAGGUAGCAUAGUAGCUAUCUAAAUGAAUGUGAACAACUACUGAAAUGAUGCACUGACUGGUGUACUGUUUAAAUAAUAUUCUGACUGGUUGAUGUACCAAGCAACCAGUUUUUAAUGUCACUUGGAAAUUUACGCAAAAAACUUCCUGUCAUUAACAUUUGCUACUAAUUUCAUUUUUAUUCUUUAUAUAGCUUUUCAACAAUUGUAAUUUCUCUUUAUCAUUAUGUGAAUCACAUUUGACUCUCAAUGUUAAUAAGUGUGUUGUUUGAGGUUUACUGUUUCAUUGAUAAUGAGAUCAGUGGAGAGUGUCAAAGUUAAGAGAUCCUCUCUCUUGUCUUGCAGCACAUGGUUCUUACAGAACCAUAUGCUCCACAUUGUUACAUAUAUUUGAACUCUGUUCUACACAGAGCAAAACCUAGAAAAAAAACAUGGAAGUUACUAAAUACUUUCUAAGCUGUUACUGUCUUACAACAUUACGUCUUGUCUGUGGUUCAGAAAAUUCAGGAUUGUCACAGAUGCAGAGUCUACAUAUUGAUUGUUAUCCAAAAUCUUUGCCUUGUGGGCAUCUCCUACUUGUUAGUGCCAUACAUUUGUGUUAAAUGCCCACAGAUGUCUGGUAAUUUUGAAACAUUUAUGAAUUGGAAUUUUGUAAUACAAAUCUCUAUCUGGGUUGAUUUGGUUUCCCAUUUUCACACAGGAAUGGACAGUUGCAGGCAGGCAGACAGGCAGGCAUCAUCACGUGAACAGAGACUGUAUUAUUAUUUCUAAUAAUAAAAUAAACUUUGAGCUACAUUCAGCAGUGAAA